AUGCAAGACAUAAAAUUAACUCGCACGAACACGAAAGCUUUCGCGUAUAAUACGAAAUCACCAGUUGAAUUUUUGGGAAAAUUCGAAGCGGUAAUCGAAACACGAAAACGAAUAUCUGUAGCCACAUUCUAUGUCGCUAAAGCUGCGAACUGUGGAAACUUACUUUCUCUUACUACUGCACAAGAACUCGGACUUAUUAGUUUGCAUGUAGACAAACUGACAUCAAAGGAUGCCGCACUAGAAAACAUCCUUCAAAAGCAUUCUAAAGUUUUUUCCGAUCUUGGAAAAUUGAAGGGAGAAAAAAUUAAACUGGAUAUAGACAAAACUAAAAUUCCGAAAGCACAACCCCAAAGGCGCAUACCUUAUCACAUUCGAGAAAAAGUGAAAAACGCGAUAACUGAAUUAGAAAUCAAGAUGUGA